AUGAGCGGACGACGACGACGACGACGACGGAGCGCGUCGACGACGACGACGACGCGCGCGGCGAUCGAGGAGCCGAAGCCGAAGGCGCUCGUCCCUCCCUACCGCGGCGCGCUCUUCCCCGGCGUGGAGAUCCCGGAGGCGGGCCAGGACGCGUUCGCCGCCAUCUCCAAGGCGCUGUUCCCGUGGGGCAACGGCGCGCCCAUCACGGAGGGCGUCCUGGGCGACCUCCUCAAGGAAGAAGUCCGCGCCGCGCCGCUGUUCGUGCCGCUGUACGACUACUACCGCAAGUACGGCGGCGUGUACAACCUCGGCGCGGGGCCGAAGUGGUUCGUCGUCGUCAGCGACCCGGUCGCGGUGCGGACGAUGUUCAAAGACGACGCGGACUCGUUCAGCAAGGGCAUCCUGACGGACAUCAUGGAACCCAUCAUGGGCGACGGCUUAAUCCCGGCGCCGAAGGAGGUGUGGGCGAAGCGCCGCCCGGUGGUCGGCGCCGGGUUCCACGGCGCGUGGCUCAAGCACAUGGUGAGCCUGUUCGGCGACAGCGCGAAUAAUCUCGCGGCGAAGCUCGCGCCGGACGCGGCGGGUGGGAAGACGGUCGAGAUCGAAUCGAAGCUCUACGCGAUGGCGCUCGACGUCAUCGGGAAGGCGGUGUUCAACUACGAGUUCAACUCGCUCGCGGAGGAGACGCCGCUCAUCAAGGCGGUGUACCGAGUGCUACGAGAGUCCGAGCACCGGAGCACGUUCCCGCUGCAGUACUGGAACAUCCCGGGCGCGAUGGAGCUCGUCCCGCGGCAGAAGCGGUUCAAGGAGGACAUCGAGAUGAUCAACGACGAGCUCAGCGUCCUCAUCGCCGCGGCGUUGAAGUCUCGAAACGAGACGGAUCUCGCGGAGAUGGAGGCGAGGGAUUACGCGAACGUCGACGACGCGUCGCUGCUGCGGUUCUUAGUCGACGUGCGAGGCGAGGAGGCGACCGGGACGCAACUCCGCGACGACCUCAUGACGAUGCUCAUCGCCGGUCACGAGACGACGGCGGCGGUGCUGACGUGGACGACGUAUCUUCUCGCGACGCAUCCGGAGGAAGCGCGGAAGAUCCAGGAGGAGAUCGACGCCGUCGUGUCGGACCCCGGGGGAGCGCCGACCGUGGAGGAGAUACGCGCGAUGGAGAAGACGCGGCUCGCGCUCGCGGAGAGCAUGCGAUUGUACCCGGCGCCGCCGAUUUUAAUUCGCCGCGCGUUGAGGGACGUGACGCUGCCGCGCGGCGGGAUGGGGAAGGCGAUCACGCUGAAGAAGGGCACGGACUGCUUCGUCGCGGUGUGGAACCUUCACCGAAGUCCGGACCUGUGGGAGAACCCGGAGAAGUUCGACCCGUCGCGGUUCAAGCGUCCGUUUCAAAACCCCGCGGUGGAGGGCUGGAGAGGGCUCCAGCCCGAGCUCGCGACCGGGCUGUACCCGAACGAGACCUCCACGGAUUUCGCGUACGUGCCCUUCGGCGGGGGGCAGCGGCGGUGCGCGGGGGACAUGUUCGCGAUGAUGGAGGCGACGGUGGCGCUGAGCGUUCUGAUGAAACGCUUCGACGUGGAGCUCGCGUGCGAGAAGGAGGACGUGGAGAUGAUCACCGGCGCGACGAUUCACACCAAAGCCGGGAUGCCCGUGAAGCUCACGCCGAGGCGAUGA